AUGAUGCUCCGGGCGCUGCUGGUCGCGGCGGCCCUUGCUGUGGCGGCGCCGCGCAUGCUCUCGGACCCGCUGCCGCUCCAGGACCUCUACGUAGCCAACCUGAAGGCCGCCACAGCGGUCAACGGGUUCCCUUGCAAGGCGCUGUCGACGGUGGCGGAUGACGACUUCUUCUCCAACACCAUGGUCACCGCGCCCCGCACUGACACCAACCCCUUUAGCGUCAACUCCACACACGCCACUGUGUCAGUCUUCCCGGGCCUCAACACGCUGGGGCUCUCCAUCACGCGCAUCGACCUCGCCCCGGGCGGCCUCAACCCGCCGCACUCGCACCCGCGCGGCUCCGAGCUCGUGCUGGUGCUCAAGGGUGAGGUCAUGGUCGGGUUCACGUCCGCGGACAACCGACUCUACUCCAAGGUUGUGAAGAAGAACGAGCUCUACGUCGUGCCCCACGGCCUGCAGCAUUUCCAGCUCAGCGUCGGCAAGGGGGACGCCGUGUUCAUGGCCAUGUUCGACGCCCAAUCGCCGGGAUUUGUCAUGCCCACCCUCGGGCUCUUCGCCAGCAAGCCGGCCAUGCCCAUGGAGGUGCUCACCAAGACCUUCCUCAUGGGCUAA